AUGGACAUUGUGGACUCACUGCAGGUCGUGUCUGAUGUAACAGUGACCUUCUGGAUCAUCUUGUCCGUUGCCUUGUUGUUUUUUGCAGUUGUUGGUGUCAGUGUCGUGGGGGUUCUCAGCUUCUCCCCCAGCUCUGCCCAGGCUGGCUCCCAGCUCCUCCGAGUGACCCUGCAGGGCCAGCAGGACCCGCUGAGGAACCAGACAGCCGUGGUGGACAAGGCCAGGAGCACUGUCACCUACUACAUCACCUCCCGGAGCAACCUGAGCGCCGUGGUGCUGUACGACAGCAGGAACGGCUACGUGUGCUACAAGCCGCUGGAGCAGCGAGCCUGCUACCUGAGGAGGAUGGAGCCCUGGGACCUGCAGAUGGCUCUCAACACCUCCGAGCACAGCGCCGAGCAGCUGCUCCAGCCCAACAACCAGACCAAGUUCUACAGGGAGUUCCUGGGCAUUGUGGCCGGGCAGCAGCUGGAGCCCAGGGCGCUGGGGGAGGCUGUGCAGAGCCUGUGUGAGCACUCCUCCAUCCUCUGGGUGCGCAGAGCCCACGGGCCGGGGAGGCAGCGCCUCAUCUACCUGUGCAUUGACAUCUGCUUCCCCAGCAACAUCUGUGUCUCCAUCUGCUUCUAUUACCUGCCCGAGUGAGUGCUGCAGCCACAGCCCCUCUGUGCCCUCACACUUGGACUGGAUUCCUCAACAGCCUCUGACCUCCACGAGGAAAGGAACACCCACAGCAUCCCCAGAGCUUCCUGCUGAUUCUGUGCUGCAGGAAUUAGGAGAGCCAGGCCCAGAGGAAUCCCAGGAAGCAGCUGGAGUUUUGGGGCUCCAGGCUCUGCUCAGCACAAGGUGGUUGUUGUUACAUCUGGGGGUGGUUGGCUUUAGGAGAGCAGCUCUCCAAGGCACUCUGUGAAACACUUUGA